AUGACGGGUAUGGCUCGAAAUGUCAACACGGGUGAGCUAGCAGCAAUUAAAGUAAUAAAACUGGAACCAGGAGAAGAUUUUGCUGUUGUGCAGCAGGAAAUCAUUAUGAUGAAAGACUGUAAACAUCCAAACAUUGUUGCUUAUUUUGGCAGCUAUCUCAGACGAGACAAGCUAUGGAUCUGCAUGGAGUUUUGUGGAGGUGGCUCUCUACAGGAUAUUUAUCAUGUGACUGGACCACUUUCAGAACAGCAGAUUGCCUAUGUUAGCAGAGAAACACUACAGGGACUAUAUUAUCUUCACAGUAAAGGAAAAAUGCACAGAGAUAUAAAGGGAGCAAACAUUCUUUUAACGGAUAAUGGACAUGUAAAAUUAGCUGAUUUUGGAGUAUCUGCACAGAUAACAGCUACAAUUGCUAAAAGGAAAUCAUUCAUUGGCACCCCAUACUGGAUGGCACCAGAAGUUGCCGCAGUAGAAAGAAAAGGUGGCUAUAACCAACUCUGUGAUCUGUGGGCGGUUGGAAUAACUGCUAUAGAGCUUGCAGAACUUCAGCCUCCCAUGUUUGACCUACAUCCGAUGCGAGCACUUUUUCUAAUGACAAAAAGCAACUUCCAGCCUCCUAAAUUAAAGGACAAAAUGAAAUGGUCCAGUAGUUUUCAUCAUUUUGUGAAAAUGGCGCUUACAAAAAAUCCUAAAAAAAGACCUACAGCUGAAAAGUUACUACAGCAUCCUUUUGUUACCCAGCCAUUAAAUCGAAGUCUUGCUAUUGAACUUUUGGAUAAAAUGAAUAAUCCUGAUCAUUCCACUUACCAUGAUUUUGAUGAUGAUGAUCCUGAG